AUGGCCGCCAACGGUAACGAGCCCGCAGACCCCAUCGUAAAGGGCACUCUCGCGACUGCGAAGCAAUCGUGGGGUGAUCUCUUUCGAUGGAAGCAGAGGGUCCUCGUUACGAACGAGCUCGGCGAAUCUCACACAGAGUGGCAGUCUCCCGAGCCGUUCAAGAAUCCCAUCUCUCUUCUUAGGCAGCUGAGUGGGAAGCAGUGGCUCUACUUUCUUGUCGGUCUCUUUGCCUGGACCGCCGACGCCUUCGACUUCCACGCCCUCUCUAUCCAGACCGUCAAACUGUCGAGGUACUACAAUCGGUCCAAGACCGACAUCACCACGGCCAUCACUCUGACACUGCUCCUGCGGUCUGUUGGUGCCGCCAUCUUUGGGCUCCUCGGCGAUCGAUUCGGCCGAAAAUGGCCCAUGGUUGCUAACAUGAUUGUCCUCGGCCUAUUGCAGAUUGCCACCAUCUUCAGCGUUACAUUUGAACAAUUCCUGGCGGUUCGAUCGUUAUUUGGUCUAUUCAUGGGCGGCGUCUACGGCAAUGCGGUGGCCAUGGCGCUCGAGAACUGCCCGACGGACGCACGUGGUCUGAUGAGCGGUAUCCUACAGCAGGGCUACUCUCUCGGCUAUGUCUUCGCCGCGUGUGCGAAUCUUGGUGUCGGCGGCGCGACGGAUACAUGGAAAACUGUCUUCUGGAUCGCUGCCGGCCUCUCCAUCCUUGCUGGUCUCAUACGUUGCUGCUUCCCGGAAUCGAAACAAUUCAGGGAGGCUAAAGCAGCCGGCCACCAUAUCUCCGCUGGCGACUUCUGGAGGGAGACGAAGUCGAUGCUUGCCCAGGAGUGGCGUAUGUGUAUCUACUGCAUCAUCCUCAUGACCUGGUUCAACUACUAUUCGCAUACCAGCCAGGAUAGCUAUACCACAUUCAUGCUGUCAUCCAAGGAGCUCCCCAACGACGCCGCCACCCGUGCUAGCAUCCUCAUGAAGACAGGGGCAUGCGUAGGCGGUACCAUCAUCGGAUAUCUUUCCCAGUUCAUCGGCCGUCGCAGGGCCAUAGUGGGUGCUGCUCUGCUUAGCUGCUGCAUGAUUCCGGCUUGGAUUCUCCCCAACACGGAAAGUGGCCUCUCCGCCUCGGGCUUCAUGAUCCAGUUCUUCGUCCAGGGCGCCUGGGGUGUUAUACCGAUCCACCUCAACGAAUUGUCGCCGCCGGCCUACCGAUCGAGCUUUCCGGGGAUCACUUACCAGAUUGGAAACAUGAUAUCUUCGCCGUCGGCCCAGAUCGUCAACGCCAUAGCCGAAAGCAGAUUUGUCACCAGCAAGAGCGGAAAGCUUGUCGAGGCCUAUGGUCCAACCAUGGGAAUUGCCACGGCUAUCAUCGCCGUUGGCAUCAUGGUCACAACUGCUUUGGGACCGGAACGCCGUGGGCGGUCCUUCGAACACGCUGGGCCUGCUGGCGCCAAUAUCCGAACCGACGACGUCGAGAAGGCGGCCGUGGAUACCGUAUCGCUCGCCGACUCGAAAGUCACAAAAGAGCAAGUAUAG